GACCGAGAGGUUCAUUUUAAAUAUUCAAAUGUUUCCUCCAGCCAAGCGUAAAAAUAAAUCCUAUUUCAGUGGUUAAUCCCCCCUCUUCCCAGUCACUUCCUGCACCACGCCAGCGGGUGGUCAGACGUACAGUAUACACUACACACUACACACUACACACAGUCGCCUCCAGAGGCCGUCCAAGCAAUUUUUAUGCUUCCUUCUGGAAACGAGGGCCAGGAGAGAUGAGGAGGGGGUGGGACAGGGCGCCAGGGGUCCUGUGCUUGGCUCUGUCCUGGGCGGCGCUGUGUCGGAGCUGGGAGCCGGCGGACGCAGAGGCGUUCGGGCCGCAGAGCGCGCUGUCGGACGUGGAGUUUGCCGUCGCCGCCUCCUACCGCGGGCCUGGGAACAACGACACCCGGGGCAACAGGGAGCUGCCCAUCCUGCUGUGGUGGAGCGCAGGGCUGUUCCCCCACUUCCCCGGCGACACCGAGCGCGUCGACUGCGCCCGCUCCUCCUGCCUCGUGACCCGCCAGCGCAAGGUGCAGCUGCAGCGGCGCACCGCCGCCAUCAUCUUCUACGGCACCGACUUCCGGGCCUACGAGGCGCCCCUGCCCCGGUUGCCCCACCAGACGUGGGCGCUGUUCCACGAGGAGUCGCCCAUGAACAACUAUGUCCUGUCCCACGCGCCCGCCAUCCGCCUCUUCAACUACACUGCCACCUUCAGGCGGGAGUCGGAUUACCCCCUGACCCUGCAGUGGCUGCCCUCUCUGGAGUACCUGCUCCAGCCGCCCGCCGUCUCCCUGCAGGAGAAGAACCGCUGGCGCCGGGCCGGCUUGGCGCCGGUCCUGUACAUGCAGUCCCACUGUGAUGUGCCCUCUGACCGGGAUCGCUAUGUCCGGGAGCUCAUGAAGUACAUUGAGGUCGAUUCCUAUGGGAAGUGCUUGAACAACAGGCAGCUGCCGGAGCGCUUGGAGAACACGGAGACGGCGACGGGCGAGGACAGCGAGUUCAUGAGCUUCGUGUCGCGGUACAAGUUCCACCUGGCCCUGGAGAACGGGAUCUGCCCCGACUACAUGACGGAGAAGCUCUGGCGGCCCCUGCACUUGGGCUGCGUGCCGGUGUACCGUGGCUCGGCCUCGGCGUCCGACUGGCUGCCCAGCCCGCGCUCCGCCGUGCUCGUGGACGAUUUCCCCUCGCCCCGCGCCCUGGCGGACUUCCUGCGGCAGCUGGACGCCGACGACGCCGCGUACGCCCGCUUCCUGGAGUUCAAGCGUCCCGGCGGGGUCGUCAACGGGCCCCUGCGGGAGGCCCUGCGCGCCCGCGAGUGGGGGGUCAACGACAUGACCAAGCCCAACUACCUCAACGGCUUCGAGUGCUUCGUGUGCGACCGGGAGAACGAGCGUCUGGCCGCCCAGCGCGCCCACCGCCGCGCCCCCGCCAGUGUCCCGCCCCCCCCGCCCCGCAUCGCCAGAAACUCCCACAUGGGCUGCCCCCUGCCCGCCCCCGGCUAUGGCCAACCGGAGGACAUCCCCCAGAAUGACAGCUGGGCGCAGAUGUGGCCGCAGGACUACUGGCAAAGCCUGGACCAGGCAGAGGGCUUGGAGUCUCUGAUCCUCCACAAUGAGUCGGACCCCUCGCUCCUGUGGCACCACAUCCACCAGCUGGCGGUGCGGAGGGCGGGGCACCACUGAGGGUCCCCUCGUCCCUGCAGAACACCCACACUGGAUUGCCAACCGGAGCGAGAAGGGGGGACACAAUGAGGUCUUUUCAGAACUUGACCAACUUCGUUACCAGCCUGAUUAUGCUGUCCUGCUUCCAGCCAGAGAUCUGU